AUGAGCCCUUCAGGAGCGUCAAAACAUUUAAAGCAAGACCGAAAGGAAAACGCCACCGCGCUCAGAAUGAAGACUUGAAUCUCGAGAGAAUUUUAUUUUUGUUUGUUUGUGUUUUUCAUGUAAGGACUAUUUGAGGCAUCUGCAAGGUAUUAAAAAAACAGGAAAGAAAAGAAAGUGCCGUCCGGCGUCGCUCUCCGUGUGUGUCAGCGCGCUGAGGUAUCCUGGAUGAGCGCAAAGUGUCAGCUUCAGCACCCGAGGAGAGGACAGCUCCGCUCUGUCUGCUCCUUUUUGGACCUCCAGUCCAAAAACUCUCCUUCGGCUUCUGAUGUCCACACUUGGAGUUUGACACUGUGCGCCCCAUACAAGCCGGGAAGAAGUGUAAAAGGAAGAUCCAGUGACGGAGAGAGCCGCGACCGACUGUGUGCUCAAUAUGUACCAGGGGCAUUUACAGAGGGACCCAGCUAUUGUUUGCGGCUUCUCUCUGAAGCCAAGAGGAAAACAUGAAAGAGGGGAAAGACUCUAGGGCUGCAGAUAAGACUGUUGCCAUGGUCCUGAAGGAGAUACCAAGUAAGGCGUCAUCAGAAGGGAAGCCCCUCCUCACAGUGACUACCAAGCUGGUGAGUGAGCAACAAGAGAGCCGCCCGCUUCUAAGCCCUUCUAUCGACGAUUUCCUCUGCGAGACCAAGUGCGAUGGGGUUUCCCGCCCAGUUACUUCCAACACAGCCGUUCUCUCUUCAACUCUGGACCUGCUAGAUCUCAGCGAACCUGGAGAGAGGAGAAACAGCAGGGACAGAAAGAGUGCCCUGUUAUCCCAGGGAGACAGCCAGAAGAACACCUCACACAGGAAAAAGACAGAUGAGACGGAGCUGAUCCAGGUGGAAGUUGAACAUACGGGACCAAGCAUGCGAACCCCAGAGAGGGCAUCACUGGACUCAGUUACAAUUGGCUCACUGGAUAAAUGGGAAGAAUUGAAUCCCAACCCUGAAAGAAAUGGCAACAGAAAAUGGAAGCUGGAGAGACGACGUUCUUCUAAAAAUUCAUCUAAUGAGUUUCUGUGGUCCAUAGAUUGUAAAACACAGAUAGACUCUUCAAAUAAGAAUACCCUGGAAGCAAAUACCAAACUGGAACCAGAGUCUGCACUGGCAUCACAACUCAACAGGCAGUAUAUUAGUGGAAGACAUGCUCGCUUAACGAAGGAGCAGCGGUGGGGGAGCGCGCUCCUGUCCAGACAUCAGUCCCUGGAGGAGGAGUUUGAGCGGGCCAAGGCUGCUGUUGAGUCAGAUACCGAGUUCUGGGAUAAGAUGCAGGCAGAGUGGGAAGAGCUGGCUCGGCGAAACUGGCUGACGGAAAACGAGCAGGCACAGAUUCCCUCCACCGUGUCUCCGUACGAGAAGGGUUACUACUUCCACACAGAUAAUCCUUAUAAGGACUUGCCUAAUGCAUUCGAAGAGGGACUGAAGAAAUCCCGAGAGGGAGACUUGCCAAACGCUGUGCUUUUGCUUGAAGCAGCUGUCCUACAGGACCCUCACGAUUCAGAGGCCUGGCAAGUCCUGGGGACCACCCAGGCUGAAAAUGAGAACGAGCAGGCAGCGAUUGUCUCCCUCCAGAGGUGUUUGGAGCUCCACCCAAACAACCUUAUAGCCCUCUUGGCUCUGGCAGUGAGCCUGACCAACACUGGUAUGCGCCAUGAUGCCUGUGAGGCCCUCCUCCGCUGGCUGAGACACAAUCCCAAGUACAAGCAUCUUGUCAAAGGCAAGACUCAUCUAACGGGAUCUCCAAACUCCCAGCGCAGGAUGUCUCAUGCUCCCAACUUGGGCAGACAUGAAAGCUCCCUGCUACCAGAGGUCAAGGAGCUCUUCCUGGAAGCAGUUCAGCAGAACUCUGACAGCAUUGACCCAGAUUUGCAGACGGGCCUCGGGGUGCUUUACAACCUCAGCGGAGAGUUUAACAAAGCCGUGGAGGCCUUCAACACGGCUUUGUCAGUGCGGCCUGAGGACUACUUGUUGUGGAACCGCCUCGGGGCCACGCUGGCGAAUGGAGAUCGAAGCGAGGAGGCGGUGGAGGCUUACACAAGAGCCCUGGAGCUGCAGCCGGGGUUUAUCCGGUCCCGCUACAACCUGGGCAUCAGCUGUAUUAACCUGGGGGCACACAGAGAGGCGGCCAGCAACUUCCUGACUGCCUUAAGCCUUCAGAGGAAAAGUCGGAGUCGCCAGCAGUCCCACCAGGUGAUGUCUGGAAACAUCUGGGCGGCUUUGAGGAUAGCUUUAUCCAUGAUGGACCAGCCUGAACUCUUCCAGGCUGCAAAUAUCGGCGACUUGGAUCUUCUCAUGCGGGCCUUCAACUUAGACAUUUGAGGACCAGGAGGCAGCGAUGCUAACAUCUGCCCCCUCUUCACUUACUAUCUGAUUUCUACCCAACAGCCAAAAGUCCAAAGUGCACACAUCAGAAUGGACUGAUGGACGUUAGAGACAACAGUGUAUUUUUAUGCACGUCCAAAUUAACUACAGUCGUUAAAGCUAUUAUAUUUUUCGCCCAAGUACCUCGGAGCAGUUCUGGGGACAGGUUCUUCCAAGGGUUUGAAGGGACUGCUCUGUGUUGGAUUUGCACUGUAAUUUGUGAUUUCCCUGAAGAGCACAAGGACGGGCAAAGAUUGUACGAGCAAUGCCUUAGAGAACACAUCAAUUAAAAACUGACUCAUCCAGCGGAACAGAGCCGAGCCAGCAGAGACGGACGGUUGUACGAGCCUGAUAGAGCAGACCUCACAGGCCGUUUUCAAAGAAAAGAGAGGAAAAAACGUUUGACUCCCGAUUUCUCUCCUGAAGGAUGGAUGUAGUGAGCAAAUGACAAAAGACUGCAGCGUAUAACCUGGAGCUCCAGACUCUGUUCCUGGCUUAUUUUCAUCCUCUUUCAAUGGGAAAAUAAUGAUACUGCAUGAAUAAGCAUUUUCAUAAAUGGAUUCUUGUUUCAAAUUAACAUACUUUUAGAAGUUUUCCCUUUGCACUUCAGAUAAACAUAUAACUUCCUCAGUCGGAGUGGAAUGUGCAAGCCAGGUCUGUAAAGCCUUACUCAAAAGCAUGCGACCAACAAUAUUUAUUUAUACUAUUUUUAUGAAAACAGAAAAAACCCACACUAAGCCAUUUUCAGACUAGUUUCAUUUUCUUUAAAUAACUGCUGUCUUUUGAACUUGAAAGCUUUCUGAGCCACUGAUUUUUGUUUCGCUAGGUUUUUCUCUCUCUUUUUUGGCUCCUAGCUCCUCUUUGUUCCCUUUAAGCUGACUGCAGACACACAGAGAAAAGCUGGGCAACAGCAAUCUAUAAAACCUUCAUUAGUCUUUUCAAACUUUAGCAUAUGAAAAAGUUAUUCUUAACAAGUCUAAAAAUAUCUCUUUUUAUCUUCUUCUGCUAGUUCUGGGAUGGCUUCAGAGUUCCUAAUGACUACUGUACACAUUAUACAGUCCUUUUUUAUUUUUGCUGACCUGACUCGGUUUGUUUUCUGUUGUCAGUAUCUGUUAACGCCGUCACUGGUGUCUUUGCUGCUCCUCCAAAGACAGCAAGGCUCAUGCAUUUAAUAGUCAUAAUGCAUGAUUUAAAUAUUUACGUAAGCUUGGGCAGAAUGCUGCACAUGUAUGAUGAACGCUGUUCGUUUCACCACACACUUCAAAUCACAUCAGGUUGAUGUUCAAACUCGAGAUGGUUAUGCAUCUGCAGAAAACAUGAUUGUGUAAAUGCAGUGAUUCUCCUGCUGCAGGAAGAAAGCUUUUCCUUAGACAUACUUUUUAGCUGACAGCUUCACUUGCAUCACUGCUGCUAGUUUGAAAGUCACUCUCUGAAGUGAAUACCAUGUACCUCGCUGUGCAACAGAGUAAAUGAUAGAUAAUCUUCUGUACUGCAUAGCUCAGCACAUUCGGGUGUUUAUCAGGCGUGUCCACGGUCUGAGGGUGCUGCAGAAAGUGGUUUUUAUUGUAGCUCCUAUGCAAAAGGUCAUGUUUUAUGUUGCCAUUCUGAAUUGUUGCUGGUCCCCGUCUGCCUCGGCGGACCGAAAGGAAGCGUCGUUUCGGUGUUUGGAAAGAACGCUAUCAGGCAGAACCAGAGACCAGUGCGAGAGCCAUUCAUCUUCCAAACUGUACAGCCGGGGUGUCACGGUCUGUACAAGAAGAAGUGUUUCAUCAGGAAGUUGCCAGAAUGAAAACAAGUGUUCUCCCAGGGAGAAAAGUGGUCAGAGGCUCUGACUAAAAGAAAGACUGAUAGACACAUAGAGUGCAGCCUUCUGCUUUUAGAACCAGGGUGCACGGACAUGGCGUCUUUGACCUUAGUUGCAUCCAUCAAAUUCACCGCCAUGCAUUGAGCUUUAUCAAGCUCCAUACAUCUGUCAUUGUUGUCACACUAGCUGCAUUAAUAUAUUCGAGUCUGUGGCACUGAUGAAAAAAGAUCAGCUGCUCUACUUGCCAGAUACUUAAAAAAAUGUUGGCACAGACUCUAUUUAUCACACAACCAGGAUAAAUAGAUCAAACACUAGACGAGGAGUCCGUGAUACACAGCACAUAUGUGCAUGCCUCUAACAGUCGGCCUCAGAGGGAAGCUAACAGCGACUGUGCAAAGGCAAUGAGGCCAAAGCAGGGGUGCAUGCACAAAUGUAUUCACUGUGGGAGACUGGACGAUGAUAAAAGGCAUCCUUCACUGGAACAAAUCAGGUUUACAUCCAGGAGUUCAUGUUUGAUUUCUGUUUGAUUAGCAUUAAAUUACUGUGGAAGUCAAAUUUAAGCAUGCUUGUAGCUCCAUACAUGCCAGCGUGGGUCUGUCUGCCAGUUUGGCCCAGACUGAAAGGGGUGGCGUGGAAUUUGCUUCCAGCACGUCUCCCAAAAACAAAAGUGUCACUCGGCCGGCAGAAUGGGUUUAGACCAAAUAACUGCAAAGUUUGCGACGGCGCCAUGAACCUGCAUGGAGCUACUUUUAGAGCCAUUUGGCUGUUAGCGUUUUAAUAUAAUAAAGCUUGUGGUUAAAUUCAAUAUGGAAGCUCUGCAAUCCCUCACCUGCCUGCUUUCUUGGGUGUUCAGCCGUUGUUCUGUUCUUUAGAUCACUGCCACACUUUCACACCCUGUCAGUCGUAAUACUCUCGUCCAAUCACCUUCUUGCCUGCCUUCUUUGAGCCAAUUAGCUUCCACUCUGGUUUAAAUCUGUGCUCUUCAUCAUUCUCCCUUUCAGACUGUCAUUUGCACAACCCACCUCGUCCCCAUCUCCAUUUUCAUGUUCACCACCACCAACAGCGUCUAGACUCCAGGGGGUCCUGUCCUAAAUCCUAUUACUGCUGGGAUAGGUAAGAUGGGUCACCAGAGUCUGAUCGCCAAAUACAUUCAUUUCUUUGUCUCAACAAAUCAUGUUCAGUUCUUGAUCUCUCCUUAUUGAACACAGGAGAUAUUAUCAGUAUGUUAGCAUUGUCAGAGUGAGUGCUGCAUUUGCUCAAAGCUCCACUUUUAGGCUCACAGAGCAGCUAGCGUGGCAGUCCAGUGCGCGACGAUCCCCCUUCAGUUUUCUUUGCUAAAGCAUUAACCCAACCCUGUAGUAGGUCCCUAUCAGCGAGUGGUUCUGCAGGCCAGGAGCUGUUCCACAUUUUUACCUGACAUGCCUGUCCCCCCAGGUGCCCACAGGUGUUUUACAAAAUCAACUCUAGUUGUCUUAUGAGGUCGCAGGCCCUCGCUCUUUUCCAUUUCAUUACAGGUUACCACAGGUUCAUGUUUUUUAAAGAAAUCUUACAUUGCUGGGCCACAACCUUCUUCUGCCGUCCACAUCAUUCCAUAGUGCAUUGAGAUAGGAUGCAGUUUUCUUUAUUUUGCUGAACCUACUACUGUACCUUCUCAGGUGAACUGACCUAGCCUAACGCAUGCACCUGUGCAACAAACUGAGGCUGUUUGCAUGUUAGAUCCUUUACAUUUCUACUUUUUUAAUGACGUUUUCAUUCGUAUGCAUGACAUACAUGGAAGUGCUUUCUCUUUCGACCCCAAGAAAAGUAAAUAUAUCAUGAGGUUUCCUUGCAAUAUUGCUAUAAUGCACUUUUAAGUUCGCAAACUUUGACAAAACAUGAUGUAUAUAAACAGUAUGUAUUCUACACAAGAUGCUUUUUCUUGCAUGGAAUGAUCAAGUGUGAGAGGCUCAAAAUAACGAGUCUAAGGCACAGCACACUCCAAACAUACUUCAGCUUGAAUACUGGCUAAUCAACUGGAUAAUCAUAGUUAUGCACAAAUGUUAUAUUUAUUACUUCUACAAAUUACAAACACGUUUGUAACCACUGCAAUGACCCCAACCUAUAAAGCUGUCUAGCUGUUAUUGCACAACUCUUUAGUGCUGAAAAGUUUUUAUGUAGACUUUCACAACCUGCUGUGACCCUUUAACGGCUGUUUUUUAUAAGGUUUUAAUGUUUGCAAGAAUCACUGCUUCAUUAGUUCUGUUUACACUUAAGAAAGAGGGAGAGUAAAAGUGGACAAUCAUAAAACAGUUCAAAUGUUAAAUUCACAGCUUUUACACAGACUUGCUCACCGUGUCUUCUAUUGUGGAGACCUAAAGUUUUAUGGAUUGAAAACAGACCAAAUACAAUCGUACAUGCUCACUGACUGCUUUGUUAGGUACACCUGUUCAGCUGCAUAGAUGCAGAUCGUGUGGCAGUCACGCAGUGCAGAUGUGAUUCUGAAUGUGGUUGUUGGUACCAGAAGGACUACUGUGACUACUUCAGAGACUGUUGACUUCUGGAUCUCUACAGUUUACACAGAGUAGUCUGAAACCAGGAGCAGCAGAUGUAGAAGAGCAUCUGUGAACAUGUAACCACUGCUGUCAGCUAAGAACAGGAAACGGAUCACACGGACCAUCAAAACUGAAGAUUCGAAACACGUCUGGUCUGAUGCGUCAUGAUUUCUCCUGUGACAUUUGGAUGGCCCGGUCAGAAUUUGGCAUAAGCAUGAAAACAUGGCUGCCUGUGUCAGUGGGUCAGAUUGGUAGUGGUGUAAUUUUGGUCCCCUCGGUAUAAAAAUGAGCAUCAUUUAAACACCGCAGCCUACCUGAUAAUGACCACGCUGACAAAUUUUUCCAUUCAGCUUCUUGGAUAAAAUAAGAUUUAAUUAUAUAUUGAAUUAAAAAUGUGUGCAGGGGUACUAGCAAGGUGUACCCAAUGAACUGUCCAGUUAACGAUGAGGCGUUAAUUUGUGAAGGCAAUCACAUCUUUGGCUCCGGCAUGUUUCUAUUAACUGAAAAAACCAAUAAAUACCCAGACACACAAAUAAUUCUUCAUUCUAAUGAAACAAUGAUACUGAAAUAAAAAGGUCAAAAUAGAAUUUAAAAAAAAAAAGACUCCAAAGCAGGCACAUUAUUCUUCAUUUCACUGGAAUAACUUUCUUUUUGUGUAUCAAUAAGACACUUUUUAUUUGGCUUUGUCCACUUUUAUUAUCUCUAAAAGAUUUGUGCUUUUAAAAUGUGGGAACUGGUGCUUAGGGUACAGAAAAUCCAUAAAGCAUUUAUAAAGUGAUGGCUUCAUUGGUUGGGCUCAUUAAGCCUGCUGUUGCAUAUGUGCUUCCUCCACUGCUUCGGUUCAGAACGUGCACUUUGUUCUCAUUUAUUUGCGUCACAUGUAUAUGAAUAAUAUAUUUUGAUGGAUGAAAUUAGAAAUAAUGUAAUUUGUAUACAGCCACUCGUUUAUUGAAACACCUACUAUAAUGCAUAUUACUCUCCCUGUAUAAUCACGAGGACAGCAUUAGCACCUUU